GUGACCAUGGAGACGGAAAUAGGAACUAGGAAACCCGAGAAUGCAGAGGUGAUCCUUCCCCAGGUGAGGAAUCAGAGUACCUGAAGCAAAGCUCCUCUCAGUCCGGUCUGCACCUGUGGAUGAGUCUGUCUCUGUGUCUGCAUCUCCAUCAGUAUGAACCUGCCGCUGCUUCUGCUCUGUGUUCUCCUGGAGCUCCUCGUGGUGAGCUGUCAGGAUGUGAUUCAGGGCCGAAUCGUGGGUGGAUACGUCCCCGCGCCGUACUCCAUCAGAUACAUCGUGUCCAUUCAGAGCGCCACGGGCCAGCAUUUCUGUGGCGGGACCUUGAUUAACAAAUACUGGAUCCUGACCGCAGCGCACUGCAAUAUAGGGGCGGAAAACAUGCGGAUCGUGGCUGGAGAUUUUUCAGUGGGAUUAUAUGAGGGGACGGAGCAGUUCCGCCGGCCUCAAGUUUUACUACCUCACCCACAGUACAACAAAGCCACCAAUAACGCAGACAUCAUGCUCAUUAAGCUACAAUCUCCCAUCUACCUGAACAGCUACGUGACUCUUGCGCCGUUGCCUCGGCAGGACGCCGUGGUGGCGGUGGGUCGCGUGUGCACCGUGUCCGGCUGGGGCUUCACCACUCCAACGGGGGGAAUCCCUGCAACCCUGCGCACGGUCAAGCUGCCUAUCGUGUCCAGCACAGUGUGUAACGACACAGACUCUUUUAAUGGAAACAUCACAGAGAAUAUGAUCUGUGCAGGAUACAGCGAAGGAGGAAAAGACGCAUGUAAGGGGGAUUCUGGAGGGCCGCUGGUGUGUGAGGGCCGUGUCUACGGCAUUGUCUCUUGGGGCAAUAGCUGCGCUGAUGCCCGGUACCCCGGCGUCUACACUUCUGUUUCGAGGUUUCGUCAAUGGAUCGAUGGAACUAUAUUUGGCUUUUAUGGAAGGUGCCUCAAGUAUUAGACUUCAGUGUUAUCCCAGCACUCCCCUAAUUGAACUUGAAACGGCCUCGAAACAUGCCAACAUGAAUACUGUUGCUAUUUUCUUCUAUUUGAAACAUUAGGACUUUUGAUGAUUUCCAGACAAGUACACUGAUGUUCUGAAACAGCACAUCUGUUCCUCAACGGCUGGUAGACCUUUUUUUAAACACAGUAGUUUGUGCAAACUGUUCCUUAAAUGUGCCAUAUUGCUGCUUCUCUGCAAAGUCAGUAAAGACUAACAAUCUGAAGGAAUAUUUAAAAAACAAAAACAACUUACAAAUGCUUUUAUAUGGAAUGGUACAUGUGAGAACAAAAUAUUCAACAUUAAAAUGAAUCUAAUCUAACAGACUGUCAUUCACACUUACAGGUGAAAUGGACAGUUCACUCAAAAAUGAAAUUGUCAUUAUUUACUCACAAUCAUGUUUUGUUGACCUGUUUGAAUUUGCCUUUAUGUCUUUCAACUGUGGAGCACAAAAUGAAUAAUUUAGCUAAAUGCACAAGCCAAGGAUGCAGACGAGACUAUAGAUAAACAAAAUAAAAAAAAAAAAAAAAUUCAAAAAUUAUGCAUUUAUUUGGUCAAAAGUGAAGGUAAACACACUUACAUUGUUCUAUUUAUAAUACAUGCUAUUCUGUUUAUUCAUCAAGAAAUCCUGAAAAAAAAGUACUUUUCCACAUUAUCAGCAGAACUGCAUAUUGGAAUGAUUUCUGAAAGAUCAUGUGACACUGACGACUGGAAAUGAUGCUGAAAAUUCAGCAGCCUUAGUGAGCAUAAGAGACUUACUUUAAAAAAAAAAAAAAAAAAAAAAUCUCACAGACCUUAAACUUUUGAAUGGUAGUGUAUAUACAAGAUAUUGUUGAAUGCAAAAAUAUUGAGCUAUAAAGUUAACAUCCUGCGUAAAACAUAUUUUUAACCACCCUAAACUGGUUUGCUUGUCUUAAAUGGUUUUAGAGGGAUUUUGGGCCAUCAACUUUUUUUAAAGCAAGGUGUGGAUCAUGAUUUAGUCUUAAUUGAAUUUCAUGUAAAAGACAUAAUUUUCUCAUUUAAUUUUUAAUAAAUGAAUUUACACUGAAAUCUCUGACUUUUGAUGUCAAAACUGAGCAGUUGCUGAGAACUCUUCAGAAAUACACGAGAGAUCACUACGGUCUGUUUCUCAGGAAAAAAAAGAGGCAUAGGAUUUAAAGAAAAGUUUCACUUUAAUCUCACUGCUGUCUAGGAGACACAAUUGAGAUAUUCAAAAGAUCCCAAAAGUCACUUAGGAGUGUUUUAGUAGUCUAGUGUUCAAUCUGUUCCCUGUUGUCUGACCCGUUGUGUUGAUAUUUACCGGUUGAAUGGCUGCAUUUAGGUUAUUCUUCUAAGCAGGCGUGAACGUGAUUCCAGGAAGGAGUGGCUGAAAUCUGGACAGA